CUCCCGGCGCAGGCGCCGAGCUGGGAGAGGCCUCGACCAGGCCCAGAUGGAGCUGGCUCAGGAUGUGGUUUCGUAGACAGGACCCAGCCCAGGAGGGGCGCUGGGCAGGGAAGCUCUGGGGCUUGUUGUUUGGGCAGCAGCGGCCCCAGGAGCCCAGCCCUCAUUCCCAGCAGGGGGCAUCGCCCUGCCCAGCCACUGAGGACCUUCCAGCCCCCUCAGGCCAGGAGGUGGAAGAUCCCUGUCCCAGCACCAACAGCUCAGCACGGGACAGCAGCAGCGCCUGGGACUCUGGCAGCAGCGACGCCAAUGGACGCUGCUGCUUUGUUCCAGGGACCCCCAGGGAUUCAGAGGAGGAGGAAUGGGUGGACAUGUCCACAGAUGAAGCUGCUCUCAAGGUCAUCAGAGAGCAGCUCCAGUGCAGAGAAAAGGAUGAGGGGAAGCAGUUCAUGUUCCUGCAGGCCAUCUACCCCACGUGUCUUGCUGGGCAGGACAGAGGGCAGGACACGCUGGAGCUGCGCUGCUGCAAAGUGGUUGUGAUGGAGAGGAUUGUGGAGCUCAUUGAGGAGCUUCCUAAAGACUCUCCACCCAGCGCCAUCCUCGCCAACUCCCUGGUUGCAGUGGGCAACCUCAGCACCAUGAAACCUGCCCUUGAGCCUGACCUAGAGACCCACCUCUUGCGAGCUGCCCUUCGCUCCGUCUUCACCCUGGGCACGGAGAAGGACACCAUCAACAUCCAGGCUCUGCACAAAGUCAUGCCAGAGCUCCUGGAUGCCAUGCUGGGGAACCUGCUGGCAGAGUCCCCAGACGCAGACAGGCUCCACUACAUCUUGGAGCAUGUCAACCUCUGGAUCGUGUCCAGGGUGUCCCAGGAGAGAGCCAGGGCCAUUAGGAGCAGCACGGCCCUGCUCAGAUAUGCAGUCACCCUCCCUGAGUUUGACAUCUCAGCAGAGUUCCCUAGGAUGGGUCACCAUGUGGCACAGCUGGCUCUGUUUGUCAGUGACCCAGACAAGGACAUCAGCCGGCAGGCCAGGGAGGGGACUUACCGGCUGUACCAGCUGCUGCUCCAACAGAGGGGGCUGACCAUACACAAGGCAGAAGAUCUGUGGUGCCACGACUGGCACCAGGACAGCAGGCUCCUGGGCUAUAAGAACACAGCCAGGUUGGGGGAGGUUUCUGGAAAAUUCUUCUCUGAGGGGCAGAGAAAAUAUUUCCUCCUGACAGCAAUGCUGGCGAUCCAUGACCCCCUGCUGCGUGUCAGCCAGGCUGGGCUGCUCCUCACAUACUCCAUCCUGGGGGAAGCCCAGCAGCUGAUGGGGGACAAGCUGGAGGAUGUCACAGCCAAGGCCCUGGGGUGUGUGACAGCCUCCCAGAUGGGUGCAGUCAGAAGCUGAGCCACCUCAGGGACUCAGUGUGUCUGCAGUGGUGAAGAAUUGCCUCCAGGAGCAGAAAAUGUGGCCAGUUACAGAGCAGUCUGUGUAUCUACUUGCAUUUCCAAGAGCAUCUCUGGUCAGUGCUUCCUUCCCACCACAGUCAACUUAACUUUCUCAGGCUCAGGAAGCUGCUUCCCAAACUCCCCAGCCGGGGUCUAAAGGGACCUGAGACCAACUGCAGAAGGCUCGUUGCACUCAGCAACUGCAAUUCUCACCCUCUUCCCUAUGCUCCUCCUCCCUUUUGCCUCUUUUGGGUUUCUUUGGUGGAGUUUCCAGCUCAGUAACUGCCCUAGACUGGUUUUUCCUUUCUCCUGUGCACGGGGGAUGGAGCCCUCUCCCCUCCAAUGCUGCUGCUGUUCAAAGCAUUCUGGAAAUCACAUUGUUGGCACCAAUAGCUGCAAAUGGCACAGACUUAGGAAUUCAUCUCUCCAGUCUCCUCCCCAGUGCUCCUGGAGGUCAUUUCUGUUGCCCUACAAUAAUGGAGGAGGGAGGGAAGAAAUGCAGCAGAAACUCUGUGGGAGGGACAGUGAAAUAAAGUAACUCUGGAUCUGAGUCCCAUUCUGCUUCCCCCAGGCUGGGAGUGAGGCUGAUCAUCCUGGCAAUGAGACCCAGGUAGACUAUCACUCAGGGCAUGUCUAUACUACAAAAUUAAGUCGAAUUAACUUGCAUCUGCACACAACCAUCACAGUCACUGCAUCGCUUGUGCCUGUCUGCACUUUGCCCCUUGUGUUGGUGGUGCAUGUCCUCACCAGAAGUGCUUGUAUCAAUUGUACUGUCAGUGUCAGGCCAUUGUGGGAUGGCUCCUGAAAGCCAGUAACAGUGGAUGUAAGCAAUGCAGUGUCUACUGGGGCACCGGGUCCAGAGGGGCCAUGGGCCCCCCCAGUUUUUAACAUGGGCACUCUUUGAGGGG